AUGUCAGCGAACAAAGCUGCCCGUAUCGGCGAAGAAGUAUGGAAGACUCGCAUCGACAAAGUGAAUGCAGAACUAGUCACCUUAACUUAUGGGUCUAUCGUCGCUCAACUCUGCAAAGAUUAUGAGGGCGAUUAUAUCGAAGUGAAUAAACAACUCGAGAAGAUGGGUUAUAACAUUGGGCUGCGAUUGAUCGAGGACUUUCUGGCAAAAACCAAUAUGGGGAAGUGUAUAAACUUCAAGGAGACCGCCGAGACCAUCUCAAAGAUCGGAUUCAAGGUGUUUUUGAAUAUAACACCGACUGUAACCAACUGGACGACAGACGGAAAGCAAUUUUCACUCACCUUUGAGGAGAACCCACUGGCAGAUUUCGUCGAGCUACCGGAUGAUGGGAGGGCACAAAACGAGCUCUGGUAUUCAAAUCUUUUGUGUGGGGUCCUGAGAGGCUCCUUGGAAAUGGUACAAAUGCAGGUUGAUGCACAUUUUGUGAAGAUUGAGGUGUACUGUAGAAAUAUUACAAUGGAUUGGGCCGCUACUCAAUUAAUAGACACUUGGCAGCAAAACCCUUAG